GAAAUGUUAAAGGAUGAAGUGCGCACAUUAACCUAUAGAAACUCAAUGUAUCACAAUAAACAUGUUUUUAAAGAUAAGAUUGUCCUUGAUGUUGGAAGUGGCACGGGAAUCCUCUCUAUGUUUGCUGCAAAGGCAGGAGCCAAGAAGGUAUAUGGGAUUGAAUGCUCAAGUAUAUCUGACUACUCAGAAAAAAUUAUCAAGGCCAACCACUUGGACAACAUAAUCACAAUAUUUAAAGGUAAAGUGGAAGAAGUUGAAUUACCUGUGGAUAAAGUAGACAUCAUCAUCAGCGAGUGGAUGGGUUACUGUCUGUUCUAUGAGUCAAUGUUAAACACAGUCAUCUUCGCACGAGACAAGUGGCUGGUGAAUAGAUUACGAGAUCCAUUUCCCCACAAUUCAUCAACAGAAACCUGGAGGGCUAAUGUUUCCAGACCGAGCUGCUUUGUACGUGGUAGCAAUUGAAGACAGACAAUACAAGGACUUCAAAAUUCACUGGUGGGAGAAUGUGUACGGCUUUGACAUGACCUGUA